AUGACGUAGGGCCGGCAGUGUUUAUCAUGGCGGCUAUCUGCUGAUUGAAAGAAAAUUGUGGGUUUACAGCUUCAACAACGUUUUUACGCAAAUAGUAAUAAAAAACCUUCUUCUUGCAAAAUGACCAAUAGGACAUCAUACUUCUACGACCCAGAUGUGGGCAACUUUCAUUAUGGCGCUGGCCACCCAAUGAAGCCUCAUCGAUUGUCUCUGACUCACAGUCUGGUGCUGCACUAUGGACUCUACAAGAAGAUGAUGGUGUUCAAGCCAUACAAAGCAUCUCAGCACGACAUGUGUCGGUUCCACUCUGAAGACUACAUCGACUUCCUCCAGAAGGUGAGCCCCAACAACAUGCAGGGCUUCACAAAGAGCCUCAACACCUUCAAUGUGGGAGACGACUGUCCUGUGUUUCCAGGACUUUUUGAAUUCUGCUCUAGAUACACAGGAGCAUCCUUGCAGGGAGCUACACAGCUCAACCACAAGAUCUGUGACAUUGCCAUUAACUGGGCCGGUGGUUUGCAUCAUGCCAAGAAAUUUGAGGCAUCUGGGUUCUGUUAUGUCAACGAUAUCGUCAUCAGUAUACUGGAGCUGCUCAAAUACCACCCCAGAGUUCUCUACAUCGACAUCGACAUUCACCAUGGCGACGGCGUCCAGGAAGCCUUUUACCUGACUGACAGGGUCAUGACCGUGUCCUUUCACAAAUAUGGAAACUACUUUUUUCCAGGAACAGGUGACAUGUAUGAGGUUGGAGCUGAGAGUGGACGGUACUACUGCCUCAACGUUCCUCUCAGAGAUGGAAUCGAUGACCAGAGCUACAGGCAGCUGUUCCAACCGGUUAUUAAACAGGUGGUGGAUUUCUACCAGCCUACAUGCAUCGUUCUUCAGUGCGGAGCGGACUCCCUGGGCUGUGACAGACUGGGCUGCUUCAACCUCAGUAUACGGGGACAUGGUGAGUGUGUGGAGUUUGUCAAGAGUUUUAAGAUCCCUCUGUUGGUCCUGGGAGGAGGAGGAUACACCGUGAGGAAUGUGGCUCGCUGCUGGACAUUUGAGACGUCUCUGUUAUUAGAUGAGUCCAUCAGUGAUGAGCUGCCUUAUAGCGAGUAUUUUGAGUACUUUGCCCCAGAUUUCACUCUGCAUCCUGAUGUCAGCACCAGGAUAGAAAACCAGAACUCCAGACAGUACCUGGAGCAGAUUCGCCAGACUGUGUUCGAGAACUUGAAGAUGUUGAACCACGCACCGAGCGUCCAGAUCCAUGAUGUUCCCUCCGACAUGCUGAGCUAUGAACGCAACGACGAGCCGGAUCCCGAUGAGAGGGGAGCAGAGGAGAACUACACCAGGCCAGAGGCAGCCAACGAGUUUUACGAUGGUGACCAUGACAACGACAAAGAGAGUGACGUAGAAAUUUGACCCACGAGAAUGAAACAUCACGUCACUUCUACAGAUUUAAGCAAAACUUUUGUGGAAGGACCGAGAAAAAAAAAUCUCUUUACCUCGACAGUAACAGUGACAAGGUGCUCAUCCUGAGAGUCCUCAAUCAGCCACUCAACAUCCUGACGUUGUGUUUGUUUCACGGACAUAGUUCACCGGAACAACCCUGACCUUUGCACCAGAGCCCUGUAAAUACUUUACUUUUAGUUUCACAACACAAGUAUCUGUCAUUUCUAUUUGAUGUUUGGGUCAAAUGUUCCAAUUACAGGCAAGGGUCUCAUAGUUCUGGAAACUGAACCUUAGCUGGUAUAUAAAAUGAUAUACUGUACAUUUACGUAUUAAAGGUCACAUAUUAUUCUCCCUUUUAACCAGUUGAAAUACAUCUCAGAGCUCCCCAAAAACAUGUCUGUAAAGCUUCUUGUUGUGAAUCCACUCUGAUCCUGUAUUUGAUCAUGCCUGU